GCAACCAUGAGGCUAUUAACUCUUUAAAAAGAAAAAAAAAAGGAAGCUGAGAGUCUCAUGUAAUUACUUGAAUCCAGAAGCUGGGGCUUUAAGAAGAAACACCAAAUAUUAUGAGACUGGCAAUAACAUUGUGAGAAAUGGUAAUGCUGGUGCAUCGGGAUACUGAGUUCAGUUGUUUUUCCAUCCAUUUCUGUUCCAUUAACUCAUUUCAGCCUGUGCAGCAGCUGCUCUGUUCUACCAUUGUAGCUUUCAAGGUAAUGACCCUAGAGAUUGAGCCAUCUCAUUGGCCAUCUGUGGCCACUACAGCAGUUUGUAAUUAAUAAUCCUUUGUGCUGAAUUCUCCCAGGACAUGCUGGAUGUUAUUCUUGAACUUUGUCUUGUUCCAAGGGUAUUGUUACGUGCAGGCCUCUGAGUUGGUGCAGAAUGAUGGCGUCUUCUCUCCAGCCUGCAAGAUAGUCUAGUGAAGCCUGCUACCAUUGGAUUUUUAGAUUUUAUGCAUUUUUAGUUGCUCUGUAGACUUCACAACACUCCUAACCAUUUGGAGGAGUUGGCAGUGUUUGAAAAGAUGGCGUUUAAGCUUGAGUUACACAGUAUUGCCAACCUGAAGUGUUGAAGUCAGGACCCAAAAUAUCAUGAGACUUAAAGAAUAAAUCUUGUGUUCUUUUCAGUUGCUGUCUGAUCUUUGAGGUUGUUAGAGUUCAUAUUUUCAAGCUUUUUUUUUUUUUUUUAAUGAAUGCUGGGAUUCUGACAUAACCACAGGACUCCAGGCGCUGGGAGUUCAAAAAGAAUACUAUCGGGAGUUUGUAAUAACAUAGUAAGAGUUGGUCACAAUGGAGAUAGCAUGAGCUUCUGACCCCCACUUCUUUCCCGUUGGCUGUCUCUCUCCACCUCCUCCUGUAAAACAAUUUUCCUUUCAUACAUCUCCCAGCCCUUGCUCCCAUUUCUUUCAUGUAAAUUCUGGAGGUUUCCUGGUUUCAGCUAAAGGGCAUGGGAAGUGCAGGCAAUAUCUUUGUUGCUAGCAGACAGCUUGAAAAUCCUGAGGAGAAGUGCCAGGCAGAGCAGGAAGAUCAAUGUAGUCAAUCAACACAGAGAUUUGGAUAUUUGCUGUACCGUUAUAGAAGAGUUGUACUAUGAUUAUGCAAAUCCUUCUAUUUUGGCUAAUAAAGGCCAUCCACCAGUCGGAACCAAUCAAGGCACAGGGAAUUGCAUCAUUUAGAAACUAAAGAACUGCAGAAAAAAAACCUAUUUGUGAGCGUACAGUAUCCCUGCUGUCUGAUGGGCUGAGUCAGUUCCAUUUCUGUAUGAGACGAGAUACUCUUGAUACAACCAAAUAGUUUGUUACAGUAUUGUUAGAGGGACUUUAAGAUGACUCUCUAGGUGGUUCUGUGCCUUUGAGAUGGUUAAGUUAGUAAGAAAAUUCCAUGACUCCUGCAAUUUGUUGUUCAGUAACAUACACUAAUAUUCUGUAUCAACAAUGGUACUUUCCCCCCUUAAACAGGUUUUUUUUUUUUUUUUUGUUUAAAUUUGGGAAAGGAAAAAAAAAGGAAAGCAUAAGUAUAAAUUCUUCAAUUUUUAAAUUUAAAAUAUAGCUUAUGAACAGUGCACAAGCUUGGAGGCAGUUAAAACAUAAGAAACCUGUCUUUUUGGUGCAGUCAUUCUUGCAUCAGAGAAGAUGCGCUAUAAUGCGAAAGUGCCAUUGUGCCUCGGUUACUACAAGGCCAGUAUUGUACUCUCAGAACUGCCUUUGUGCUCUUGGUUCUUUUGUGCUGAUGAAUCUGAUUAUAAUAAAACAAACUCCUGUUAAUCAUAAAUAUCUCCCUGGAAAUAAUCUUCUCAACUAUAGAAAAUCCCUAGUGGAGCUAUUUUCUAUAAGCUGCCAAGUUGGACUCCUUAGCUUCUGUGAUAGAGUGAAUGAGACUGCAGUUCCCUCAUCAGUUUCAUAAUGCUCAGAAUGCUUCCAUUUACAUCUCCGUGUGCAAUGCAGGGCAGCGGGCUGCCCGGAAAUUUGAAACUAUUUUGAUUCCCGUUGACUAGAACAGCAGCAAUCGAAUUAGCUUGUAUCAUUAUAGAUAAACUGAUGAUCUAUGCAUACUCAUUGACCAAUGGGUAACUGCUGGAGCUACAGUAAUCUCUGUGGACAAGGAGAUAGCACUCUGCUCCCACAUAACGUCUCCAAUGAAUUUCCAGAAUAUGGCACUAUGGAGCAAGGUGCAGAAGCAGUGAGGAGUUCAUCUGAGUUUCUAGCAGAGGCUAUAACAUGCAGUCCAGAAAGGAGGGAGGAUGACAAGUUGCCUACUCUUCUUGUAAGUGGCACUUACGCAGAUGAGCCAAAAUCUUGCAUUGAGGUAUCACUGCUACCAUCGAAAGAAGAAACUUUGCCACGUACUGAUAGAAAGACUGGGAUUAUGAAAAUUUCUCAAGAGCUAGAAGCUGCAAAAGUACAGAAGGGAGCAAACGCUUCUCUUUGUUCAGAGCUGCAAAUGGAAAAAGAAAGGAAUAUUGGCAGCCAAGACGUACAGGCAGCCAGAGAAUUGGUUCCAGCAGGCCAAGAAAAACCCUCAGACAAGCCUCUUCCAUCUGAAGUAAGAGCUGAGGAGAAAUUGUAUUUGAUCAUAGAAAAAGAUCUGGCUGCAAUAGUAACUGGAGAAAUGCAGUCAGAGUCCUUGCAAGCCAUCAAUAAUAAAACUGAGGAGGUCCCCAAAGUGAAGGAGACAAGCUGUCACAGACCAUCUGUACCAGCCCUGGAGGCAGAUAGCAAAGUUGGGGGCGUUAUCAGUAUUCUGGGGGAGGGAUGGUCAGAUUUUGAGAAGGAAUUUUCAGCGUACAAUCCAGGCGAGAUGCAAACGGGUCCUGGGAGGAGGAUAUCGAAAGAGGCAGCUGUGAGCAAACAUGUAGAAUUUCAAGGGGUGGAGAUUUUAUGGAUACAGAAAGCAGAGGAGCAGAAGGGAGUGAAGCAUUCAGCGCUAGAGGCCAAUGCACACUUACAAAGGGCCGUGUCUGUAGAAAAGAAGUUCUCCAAAGCAUCAAGCCACCCCAUUCCAGCCCCAGUUUCCUCAGGGUUAGUCACUUUGUCUGAGAGUGUUUGGAACGAAGCCCAGGCAGAUUUCAAACCAGGAGUUGGCUCGGAGUCCUUUUCUCUAGCUUUGCUAGCUGAAGGUGGGGAGGAUGGAGUCUUUGUGAAGGAUAAACUUGCUGAAGAAAAGAACCAUGUGCUAAACACAGACAGUGAAAGGAUCAUGGAGGAGGAAGAAGCAGCCACGGGAGGCUAUGAAGAUGUCCUUGGACAAAGGCAUGCAGAAGUUUCCAUUGAUGUGUAUAGCUCACAGUUCGAAAACAUUCUAGACAAUGCUUCUUUAUAUUAUAGUGCGGAAUCCCUGGAGACUUUAUACUCGGAACCCGAUAGUUACUUUAGUUUUGAAAUGCCACUCACUCCGAUGAUCCAGCAACGUAUCAAGGAAGGCAGUCAGUUCUUAGAAAGAACUGCUUCAGGACCGCAAGAUGUCUGUAAGCUUCCCACAAAUGGUGAGAUCAAGAGUCAAUGUGGAGAGAUCUCCAGUGGAUUAAGGGAUGGAAGUGACACCCUCUUCAGAAGAGACGUCACAGAGGUUACUCAUUUGGACAGCAAUGCUGGGCUGAAAAACUCACUGUUCGACUCCACAGCUGCCAUGGGUGGCAAUGAGCUCCUGGAGAAAGAUGGCUCCGAAAACCAUAGUAAAGAUCUUAGCAAUGGCACCGACAGCAAUUUGGAAGCAGCCAGGAGGCUGGCUAAGCGCCUCUACCAACUGGACCGAUUCAAGCGCUCUGAUGUGGCAAAGCACCUGGGUAAAAACAAUGAGUUCAGCAAACUUGUGGCUGAAGAAUACCUGAAGUUUUUUGAUUUCACGGGUAUGACGCUGGAUCACUCCCUCAGGAGUUUCUUUAAAGCCUUUUCACUUAUUGGAGAAACUCAGGAAAGAGAGAGGGUAUUAAUCCACUUCUCCAACAGAUACUAUCAGUGUAACCCAAACACCGUUUCUACUCAAGAUGGAGUCCAUUGUCUCACCUGUGCAGUGAUGCUGCUGAACACUGACCUACAUGGCCAUAACAUUGGGAAAAAGAUGACCUGUCAAGAAUUCAUUGCCAACCUUCAGGGGAUGAAUGAAGGCAAAGAUUUCCCCAGGGGGCUGCUGAAGGCUCUCUACAAUUCGAUCAAGAAUGAGAAGCUUGACUGGGCAGUAGACGAAGAGGAGAAAAAAAAAUCUCACUCUGGUGGCACUGAUGAGAAGGAUAGUGGACCCCAUUCAAAGGCCAUCACUCGGAUCGGCCAUUCCAAUAACCCCUUCCUGGACAUUCCUCAUGAUCCCAAUGCUGCUGUGUAUAAAACUGGAUUUCUGGCUCGUAAAAUCCAUGCAGAUAUGGAUGGAAAGAGGACUCCCAGAGGGAAGCGUGGCUGGAAAACCUUCUAUGCUGUGCUGAAGGGAACAGUGCUUUACUUGCAAAAGGAUGAAUAUAAACCAGAAAAGGUUUUGUUUGAGGAGGAUCUGAAAAAUGCAGUCAGCGUGCACCAUGCGUUGGCAUCAAAGGCGACAGACUAUGAGAAGAGGCCCAACGUCCUAAAGCUCAAAACAGCUGACUGGAGGGUCCUGCUUUUCCAAGCCCAGAGCCCAGAAGAAAUGCAGGCAUGGAUCAACAAAAUCAACUGUGUGGCAGCAGUAUCUUCUGCUCCACCGUUUCCAGCUGCUAUUGGCUCUCAGAAGAAGUUCAGUCGCCCACUGCUGCCGGCCACCACAACAAAGUUAUCUCAGGAUGAACAGCUGAAAUCACAUGAAGCUAAGCUGAAGCAAAUCUCUACCGAGCUAGCUGAGCAUCGUUCCUACCCGCCGGACAAGAAACUUAAAGGCAAGGAAGUAGAUGACUACAAACUGAAAGACCACUAUCUGGAGUUUGAGAAAAUCCGCUAUGAGAUUUAUGUUGCCCUACUGAAAGAAGGGGGAAAGGAGCUUCUGAGCAGUGGAGAAAAUGAUGGGCCAGGACUGAAGAAAUCCCAUUCGAGUCCCUCGUUAAAUCAGGAGUCUCCUGUUAGUGUCAAGGUGAAACGAAACAUCUCCGAGAGGAAGGACUACAGGCCAGAAACACCCAGCAUCAAGCAGAAGGUCACUUAGACUGCAUGAGACAGCUGUAGAAACAGCCAUGCAGCAAAAUACCAUUGGUCAAAAGUUUCCUUUGCUAACCUGUCAUUGACAAAAACAAACCAAUGCAUCUGCCUGAAUGGGGUGGUAGUGACAUUUUCUAUUGUAUAUUUUGUUGUUUCUGUACAGAUUGUGGGAGAUGUCUUGGCUCCUGGUUUGCUUUGCCUUGUUAAUUUAUCAUCUAGCCAUUGAAGCACGUCUUUUUUUUUUUAAAGGGGUGGGAGUGGGACUCCCUGAUUUAUUGCACAUCUCCUCCCCUUCUGUCCUCUCUCAUUGGCACGUGACUUUCAUCUCAAGUCACCUGUGACCUUUCUCCUUGCAGUGGGAAAAGGAACUGGACAAGCACUGCAGCAUAGUAAAUGCUGGCUGCAGUGACGAGAAACGAAUUGUUGCAGAGAUGGAGCUGACCGCUCCCUGCAGGUUAGUUAAAUUCUGACACUGCGACUGGAGAUCUCCCAGUGAUGUGAAACAUACUGGUACUUGUACUACAGUGGUAGGAGCCGGAGGGUACUGGAUUGUAUUAACUCUGGACCCACACACACCAAGGGACUAAACAGUGAAAAUCGCCGGGAAUGCUGGGCAUACAGAAUUAGAACAGGUUUUUCAAUGUGAAGACUCUUUGGGGGCGCAGGGGGAGGGGGAUGCCCAAAGCCAUGUCUCUUUUGAUGAUUGAUCCAGCCAGCAUGAAUUUUAUUUUUCUAUUUCAUUAAGCAAUAGGCUGUUGUAGAUGACAACUGCUGGCUGUGUGUUGUAGUAGAAAAGGGAAUCCCACAUGUUUCUCAACAAUACGCUCUCACGCCGCUGCCAUAUAGAGUCUUAAUAUGCAUUGUUCAUCUGCGGUUUCCCUCCAGAAUUUUUAUUCCUUUUUAGUAAGCGCAGGUAUUCUGCAGUCACUCUAUACUAAUGGAGGUGUUCUCCUGUUCUCUUCUGAAAGGAACUCUGUUAAACGAUCCCUUGAAUUUUUCACAAGUGUUUAGAAAGAAUAUGUUGGAACAGAAGUCCUGGUGACUCAGGGACUUAAUGGAAUAGAGACUCUUUGGUCUUAGAGCCAGAAUCUGACCCCAUUCCAGUUGCUCUGUCCCUGGCAGUCACAACGAUGGAGCCAUAGGGCCAGCAAAACCUGCUCUCUGUGGAGUCUUCCUUUAAUAGUAACUCCUGGCCUCUAUAUAAGGACAUGGCCUGGGGAAAAGGGACUUGGCCAGGGUGUCUGUAGACCUCAGCUUUCCCCAGCUGCUGGAGUGGCCCUUUUGGGCUGCGGGCAGCCAGGUGUAACUUAAAGCAGCCCUGAGGUUGCCUUAACUUACACCAUGGGCCAGGAUCCAGGGAGCAUGAAGAUGACUAAGAGACACCUUUGCUUCUUCCCAGGGCCUGCCCAUCUUCCCAGGCCCCCCCAGCUCGUCUCGUCUGGGGGAAUCUAAUCCUUAAUAUGCAAAGACAGCCCAGGUCAAUAUAAACUGCAGUAGGUGGCCUUGAAGAAACGUCUAGCUAUCUCAGGUCUGGUUCUUGCAGGGGCUGGUAUUUACAUUACAGAGCUCCUCACUACAGAGGGUAUACUUGUGGGCAGGCUCAGCAGAGAGGCCAAGGACUGAUUGAUUGGUCAUGGACAUCAAACCAUUCUGGACUACUAAUUUACCAGACUAGCAGGCAGUAGAGGGAGCAGUCAAGCAAGAUAAGGACCUUGCAGAGAAGCUAAAUGAUUUCUCUAUACUAGCCUCCACCACAAAGAACAACCAUGAGAUACGUACCCCAGAGCUCUAGACUGCAAUACCCAUGCUGUGCUGUCAGAGAUUGUAGCAUUGAAAGAGGAGGUGGUGCACCACGUUGAUCGUUUAGGAUGUAGUCACUCACCAGGACCCGAUGGUAUUGAUUCCAAGAGUUCCAAUGUGACUUAUGAAUGGAGUGACUGAGCUGCUCACAAACAUUUGUAAUCUGCCGUCGUCCUAGAAAUCUAGAGGAUAGCCAGUGCCUGACCUGAUUUUAAAAAUGACACUGGGAGUGACUGUGAUUCACAGAGCUGUGAGGCGGGCCGGUCAACAUUUUCCAGCGUUUGGUUUUGUUUUUUAAAAAUUACGUUAAGCUUAAAGUUAAGCACAUUGUCUAAGUGCUGCCCCGAAGAGAAACUUUCCUGAAUUAGGGCCAAAGUUACGUGCUUGAGCAACAUGCUGGGAAGUGUCAUUCCCUGUAGACGAGAGCAAGGGUAAUACACAUUGGAAGAAAUAAUUUGAACUACUCGUUGAGGGGUAGUAGAUUAGCCACUCAGGAGAAAGGCCUAGGCGCCCUGCAGCUGUUCAUUGUACAGCAGUAGUUUAAAAAAAAGGGGGGGGGCAGUAAACGAGAGGUUGAGUUAUACCAAGAAAGAGAGAGCGUUCUGGGACUGCUAAAUGCCGUUACAUAGGGAGAUGAUCUUGAGUCCUGCAACCAUUUCACAUCACUUCCUCACAGUAACAGUACAGCAGAAACAGAAAUGGUCCAGAGAAGUCACAAUUUGAUCCCUGCUCCACUCCCAGGGCAGUGCAGCUCUACUCUGGCCCUUACUCAAGGCAUCCAGGUACUUGUUGUGUUUGCCUUUUAAACCACCGCACUCUAUUUGUAAAGAGGUGACAAUUGCAAAUAUUUGCGUUGGCUUUUAAGAUAGUCUGGCUGCCCAUGGGUUGUGUUUGAAUUGUUGAUCUCCCCGUCACAAGCGGAAAUUCUCCCAUACAGUAUCUUUCUCAAUCUAUGCAGAAACAGGAUAAUUCAUGCUCACGACUGGGGAACUCCUUGCAGAUGAGUGAAUUUCAUGCAGUUUGAAAAGUCAGACACAGUGAAUCACAAAACGCAUUUUAUUUAUUUUGUCAAAUGCAGUUUAGUUUUAAUUAUUUAUUACGCUACUCCAGAGUGUGCUUGUACAUGGAUUGUGGUAUAUUUUGUAAAACGUAUCCAGUCUUAGUAAAAUGCAAUUUCACUUCAGCUUUCAGCUGUUCAAUAUUCCCUGAGCUCCACCUGCUUUUUGUGAGAGUUCUGAGGUGUGCAGAUUAGUGAUCUGAGAAUUUGUGAGGUUUUAGUAUCAUUUGAAAUUCCCACUGCUGGCUGUGUCUCUUUACAGCUGACCUGUGUCACCAUGUCCUUGAUAGGUCUUACUGAAACAAGUAAAGAGAAAACACAAAGGCAGAUCCUGCUGCCAUUGAAGUAAGUGUCAAAACUCCACAGACCUCACUGAGCAGGAUCAGAGUGCUGACCAGUAUUGCAGUUUGGUGUGCUUUUAACAUUACAGCAUAGCAGAGAGGUUGGGCUAGGUUCUCAGAAGGUGUAAAUCAGCACUGAAGAGACUGGAGCUAUGCCAUUUGACCCCUGACACCCCCCCUCCAUCCCCCGAGAAUCUAGCCAGAGCGGAGUGUUCAUAGUGCUAGCUGUUAUGGGCUUUUCACGUCAUGCCGUGUGGAAGACCCUCCCAUUUGAUGGGUGCAGUGUGUUCAGGCUCAAGAUCACGGAGACACUCUAGAGAGUAAAAGACACGAAGGCCACUGCUAAGCCUCUGGGAUGCUGCACGGGCAUGUUAGGCUCACAAGGGGGAGAAGUUUUUCUCUCUAGUGGAGCAGAGACUCUGUUCAUGUUCUGCAGCCCCAUAAUCUGCUUUGGACUUUUUACCAUAGUUAACCUCUCUUGGUUUCUCCUUGUCUCCUAUCAUGGUGCACUUGUCUGCCACCUCAGUGCAUCGCCUGCCAAUGGAUGGUUCUGCUGGUCUCUCUCCUUUCAUGGUGAGGCCCCAGGCUGGUGCAGGCAAGGUUGAUGAACUCCCCCAUUUGAGCCCUUGGUGGUGUGCUCAUUCUGUCUGCAGUGAAAGGCUGCAUUUUCAAGCAUAAUUACAUCUGGGAGGAGAGUGAUUGAGUCCCGAAUUCCUGGGGCUCUUCCUCCUUUCCCUGUAUUCCACACGGACACAGCUGUCCUGCGGCCUCAUUCCAGAGUUAGAGCAAAGAAGGUGUUUUCCCUGAAAGACACUUAAUAUCCCAUGUUCUCUUCCCAAAGCCUCACUCUUACCCAGGGGCACAUGCAGCCCAUGCUGUCAAGAGGGCUUGGAGAUUUUAUUUUGUUAGGCAGUUAGGAAGCAGAGAGGCAUUUUGUGACUUUUGGGGAUCAGUGUGAAUGGGAUGCCAUUUCCACUCAGUACCUGUCUAAGUAGAUAUACCUGUGCCUUGAGACAUAUUAGCUAGGCUAUCCGAACAUGAGCUUUUGGGGCUGUUUUUCUGAGCAUUGAUGACUUGCUUAGCAGUAUUUCUUUCAGAGAAGUCUACCGGGCUGCUGCCUGCAUAAACAUUCACCCAGUGCUACUUUCUCAGCUUGGCAUCUACAUCUCAGGCUUGCUCUGGUAGGGCAGUUCUGAAGCCCGUGUGUAACUCUCUGAGGUCUGUAUGGAACGUGUCCUGGGCUCAACUAGAAUUCUUCAGCCCACACUCCUGGACUUGUUCAGCUCUUGACGAGCCCAAAUGGGACUAUGAAGAGGCCUAGAGAAGAAAGGAGCUAUUUCCAUGGUACUCCAUUGCUUCUGCCUAUUCACACUCCCUGCCUACCUUCCCUUUUGCCCUGGAGUUCUUGGCGUGUUUGAAAAGACGCUCAAGAAACCAAAGCUGCUGUUACUAUGCAAAAUAGCCAUUUAUGGCCUAGUGGAAAGGGCACUGGAUUGAGACUCGGGAGACCUGGAGUCCAUCCCUAGCUCUCCUGCUGACCUGCUGAGUGACCUUGGGCAAGUCACUUCACUACUCGGUGCCUCUGUUUCCCCAUAUGUAAAACAGGGAUAAUGAUACUGCCCCCUUUGUAAAGUGCUGUGAGAUCUACAGGCGGAAAGAGCUGUCUAAGAGCUAGGUUUUAUAAUUCCCUGACACUUUCUUCUUUUCCCAACACAAUACAAUGCUUCGUAUUCAAUACUGUGAGUUAAUAAGAGCAAGGAAAAAUGCGGUAUAGGGAAACCUGGCUUAAUGCAGGCGAAUGAUUCUGACGCCGAUUGCAAAUGACUGAAUGUUGCUCGUUAGCUUGGGAACAAAUAAUGCAAUAAGUAAGGCUCACGCACCGUAAAAUGUAACUUGUUCAUUUCUUUUGUUGACAGCCCUGAGGUUUAGCUUUGAUUAUUUAUUAUAACACUCCAUAGAUUAGUAGGAGACAUGGGUUGGAGCUUUCUAAAGUGCUCAACAUUGUCCUUUCUCUGCUCCCACUGUCUAUGGGAGCAGGAACAGGCCAACACAGAGUGGUUGGGAAAAUCCCACCUGUAAAGUCAGUAUAUUUUGUAAAAAUAGUGAAUUCUUAAUAAUCACACACACCCCAUGGCACCUGCUAUUCCAUGUCUGCUGAGAGCUGGGUAGAUAGAGAACAACGUUUUAUUUGUACGGUGUAUAAAGCGUGGGACUUAGCACUGUGAGGAUUAAUGAUGUUUUAAGGGUGUAAUACAAAGAUGAAAAAAAGGGCAGCAUUUUCGUCUUGCUUAAUCCAUUGUUAAUUAGUAGUAGCUCUCUGGAGAAACACCAGUUUUACUGAUAACAUAAGGGAGCGCCGAACCAAACCUUUUAUUGGGCAAAUUUCAAAAAAGUAGGCAAGAUUCUCAGUUCUGCAAUGGGCCAAAUGAAUCCCUGGUGUAACUCCACAGCAUUCAGCCAAAUUACAGCAGAGAUUCAUUUGACUCAGUGCCUUCAUCUGAUCUGAUGACACCACCUGCUGAAAAAAGGGUGAUUCUUGAAAUCCAGCCUGAAUCACUUUAAAAAUUAGGAGAGACUUUCAAAAGGGCCUAAAUACAAAGCCCCCUUGACUUUCAGUACUAAAUCACUUACACACGUUUGAAAAUCCCACCCAGAGUCCAAUAAACUUCCAAAAAUCUAUAGGCUGGAAAUGCGACCAGUUUGUUCUUGUGUGUGUUUUAUUGCAGUUAGAACUUCUCACAUAGGGUGGGCUGAUAGCACUGUGUAACUUGACUAAAUCCAGUGGCAUGGAUACAGAACAAGAAUUUCUUGGCAGCUUUAAAGUUCGGAGAUUACUGCUCAUCUCACGAAGUUAAAGUGAGCAUCCAGUACCUGUUGAGUGUGUUUAAGCAGUGAGCGUGUGUGAAUGUGGGUGUGGUUCUUAUGCAAUGUAUGGCUUCUGUGAUCAAACUCCGCAAAGGUUAUUCUUUUCCGAUGCUUUGGUUUUGUCCAGAUAGUGUAAUGGCUAUAAACAGCAGGCGUGGGUUGUUUCAGCCAGUUGAACGGUUGUUAAAAGCUUUUGUAGGUUUAGCGUUUUUCUCAAUCCAGCCUUGCCGUGGCAUGUUCUGCAGAAGCUGUUGGGUGCUCAGGAAAUUUGAAAACAAAGUAAUUUCUUUAGGAGCAUAGAGAUCACUUGUGGGGUGGGAGUUGAAAAAGCUCUCGACAUUGGGCUAACUCUGCUCCUGUUGGUGUAAUCCACUGCCUUAAAAGGGAGCAAAGUUAGGCCAUCACUGAGCACUUUUGCAAAUACCUACCUACGAGCCUAAUUUAAGGCUCCCAUUGUUUAAAGAAAUCUUGGCCAAGUUCUGUGAAUAAUCCACAUGGGGUAACAUUUUCAAAAAUGCCUUAGUCACUUGGGUGGCUAAAUAUCAUUAGACUUCUAGGUCACUUAGGCCCUUUUGAAAAUGUUACCCGAGGCUGUCGUGGUUUUGCAAGAGUGGUGAGGAUUUACUGUAACAAUUGCAGAGAUAUGUGUAAGAAUCCAUGUGGUUGAUAAGUUACAAAGAGUGGCAGGGCGAAGUGUCAGCUGUGAGCAUUUCAAGUGGUGCCCUCAGGUUUCCUUUGGAAAGUGUGAAACAGUCGAGGGAUUUUUAGCCCAAAUAAAUAUGUUAUAAAAUCCAUUGGGUUUGCAGAAUGAUAUCAGAGUCAGUGUUGCAGUUUGUAUGAUGUUGGAACGACCCGGAUUAAACCAGUAGAGGGGGAAUGGAGAUUUAGGGCUAGAUUCUGCCCUGAAUGGCAAAGCACUUAAGCAUGCACUUAACUUUAAGCACAUGAGCAGCUUCAGUGAAGUCAGGCCUAAGUGCUUUGCUGGAUCAGGGCCAGAGAGCUUGCAUCUCACAGGACUGAAAACUUAGUGGAGUAGACUCCAACUGAGGAUGAAAUGACGAGGGUAAAUCCCAUCAACUUUGGUCGGGCCAGCCAAGAUCCUGGGCUCCCUGUAUCAGGGAUCUGAGAUGUUUCUUUGGCGUCCACCCUGUGUGGGAUAAUGUAGUGAAAUGGGGUGGCUCAGCAGUCUCCUGCAGCCUUUAAAGAGUCCUCAUUGACCCACUGUGACCACACGGUUAUGGCUGAGACAUUGCAGUGAUUUCUCUUCCCUUAGACCAGGAAAUCAGUGUUGAGCUCUCAGUCAUCAGUCACUGUGGGGGGCUUGUGUGGAAAUGUUCGCUUUUAAUGGUAGCCUUCUGCCCCAGCACUUCAGAGAACACUCCACACAGAAACAUGCACCUCCGCAGCUAAGCUAUCACCUUGAUUUAGAUCAAAGCUUAUUGGAAUAAUGCUCUACAGUGUUCAGGAACAGGCAGGACAGGGCCAGAGAGAGCCCCUGGGUGGGGCCCAGCAGUAAACCCUGCUGUUUACGUUGUCUCUGGAUACUGCUCUGUGCUCUUCGCUAGGAUAGGAACCUCCCCUUUAUAAUCUCACUUGUUUUCCUUUUACUAUUGAGACCCCAGUGGAUUUGUUUACAUGGCAGGCAGUUUAGUCCAUCGUCACUGCUCUCUGGAGAGCCACUCUGUCUGUAAUGGAGCAGUGCUGAGGUUCUCUCCAGCCCUUCUCCACGAGAAUAAAUCCUGCUGCUCUGACCCUUGGGGCAGGUCCUAUUUAAGGUCUAUGCUGGCUCUCGCCGCCAAGGGUAAACUUCUCCAUACAGAGGCCCUGUUUCACAGCUGUGGUCAAAGAGCCAGAGGUAUGCAGACCUGAUUGAGGCCCCAAAUCAUGAAAGCAUUUCAGCAAGUGCUUAAGCGCCACUGAGGUACGUGGGACUUAAUCACGUGCUUUCCCGACUAGAGCUGCUGUCCUGAAUCAGGGCCUUUGCUGUUUUCUAACGGUACCAUAGGAUGCCCUUGGAUUUCCUAUUCUAGUCUAUGUGACAGGUACUAGAAUGAUAAUUCCUCGUAAAUGAAGGCACUUAUAGAAUGUCCUGUCUCCCUGGGGAAAGGACUCGUGGCUAUUGUUAUAUCGUUUAAAUAAUAUUUUGAAAUGAAGUUUACAUUGCUUUGUUUUUCCUCCGAGGUGACUGUAUAUAAAUAUUUCCCUCUCUUUGAGCAUUGCUGGAGUAAGCAGACAAAUAAUUUGCCUCUGAUGUAUUGAAACUGUGAGAUCUAGUUCUCUCUUGUGUACACGUUCACGAUUAUAACUCUUGUUCCUCUGUGUUUUAUAAGGCGGGAUAAUGUUGCUUCAGGGUAACUACAAGUCUGCAGCCUUCUGAAUGAUUUUUAUGUGAUUGAAAUCGAGCAAAGCAGUGAAGGAUUUCACACAUGUAUAUGAUAUAUGUAUAUGUACAAACUUUAGAAAGAAAUAAACCAAAUGUAUUUCA